AUGGCUUCUGAAGACAAUGUUGUUGCUGGCAAAGAGAACCAACAAACAGAGGAAGCUCACAAAGGCGCGGGUGAUUCAGUCGUUGGACUACCACAAGAGCUGCUAAUUCGUCAUCCUUUGCAAUCAAGAUGGGCACUAUGGUAUUUGAAGGCGGAUAGAAAUAAGGAGUGGGAGGACUGUCUCAAGAUGGUUUCACUUUUUGAUACUGUGGAAGACUUUUGGGCUCUUUACAAUCACAUACAAACAGCAAGUGGUCUCAACUGGGGAUCAGACUACUACCUUUUCAAGGAGGGUAUAAAGCCAAUGUGGGAGGAUGACAGCAACGUUAAAGGUGGUCGUUGGCUUGUUGUUGUCGACAAACAGCACAAAGGCGCGGGUGAUUCAGUCGUUGGACUACCACAAGAGCUGCUAAUUCGUCAUCCUUUGCAGUCAAGAUGGGCACUAUGGUAUUUGAAGGCGGAUAGAAAUAAGGAGUGGGAGGACUGUCUCAAGAUGGUUUCACUUUUUGAUACUGUGGAAGACUUUUGGGCUCUUUACAAUCACAUACAAACAGCAAGUGGUCUCAACUGGGGAUCAGACUACUACCUUUUCAAGGAGGGUAUAAAGCCAAUGUGGGAGGAUGACAGCAACGUUAAAGGUGGUCGUUGGCUUGUUGUUGUCGACAAACAGCGUCGAGCUCAACUCCUUGACCAUUACUGGCUGGAACUUUUAAUGGCGAUCAUUGGAGAGCAGUUUGAGGAUUUGGGCGAGUACAUCUGUGGAGCUGUAGUGAACGUGCGGCAGAAAGGAGAUAAGGUGUCAUUAUGGACUCGCGAUGCAACGCGCGACGACGUGAAUACUCGCAUUGGGCUGGUGUUGAAAGCGAAGCUUGAUAUACCGGAUUCCGAACCACUGAGAUAUGAAGUCCAUAAAGAUUCGUCGGUGCGUACAUCCUCGAUGGUUAAGCCACGUAUUAUGAUUCCAAAUAAAGAGGCAACUGCAACGGCUGCUCGUUGA